GAUAUCCCAUCGGGUGAACACUUUGGACUUGUCACAUCGAGUUUUGCUACCACCUUUGGUGGGCUACUGGACAUCAAGACUGAAGACUUGGAGCCACCGGUUGAGCUCAAUAUGACUGGCCCGAAGUUGCUUGAGGCACCAAGCAGUGAUGGUGAUGAAGUUGACCUCGCACUACAGUCUGCGAGGUCUGAAAUGCUUGCAGAACUUAACAUUGACCCACAGCUUCUUUAUCAACCUCAGGCACCAACACGGCCACCCACAAUGGCCACAAUGCCCAUGGCAGAAGUUUCUGAUGCCAGUAAGGCCAAGUCCAAGAAGCGCAAGGCAUAUGACAUCAUUGUUGUCUCUGAAAGUGAGCCUGAAGAUUCUGGCCAACCAAGGGCUGUAGCAUGCAAGCGGCCACACAAAAUUGUGCAGCAUUUGACCACCACUGGUCCUCAUGCUCCAGAAGUUUCUGCAUCGCCAACAGAUCAGAGGAUUUUAUCUGCCACACUGGACCACUAUCUCAAACUAAGAAGCCGGCUGCCAUACUGUAAGGCUCCCUCACAUUGUCAACUUCCCGAGGUCACACCUGGCAAUUCCACUCCCCCAGCCACGACAGUCAACGGUCCUGUUGCCACCACCAUCAACAGCACCACCCUCGCAGCCAUUCUGAGGCCUCCAGGGAUGUCCUGUUCCCAGCACUUCUUCACUAUCACAAUGAGCAUUGAUGCCCGCGCCAUGAAAAUCUCCUCCAACAUUGAGUUCCAUUUGUUCAUGGACAUGAGGGCAGAAUUCACAUGGAUUUCUUUCAAGAUGACGCCCAAACAGUGGGCUGUAGUUACAGAGACUUACAACAGCUGCCUGGAGGAGAAGAACUAUGCUAACGGGCUUCAAACAGUGAGAAAGAACCCCCAGGCACUUCUCCGAAAGCUUGGCGAGGUUGAAGUGAUUGUGAUGAAUCGUGUGGUGAAGAACGACUUCAAGUCUUGUUCUGGCUCAGAAACCUUCUGGAGAAGACAUUGUCAUGUCAUUGAGCUCAUCAAGACUGAGUCCGGGAAGAAGAUUCGCAAGGCCCAUACAUGCUCCCACUGCAAGACCAAUAUGUACCCUGGUCCAGAGAACUCAGGUGCCAAGCAGGUGUCCCAAACUGAGCCACCUCCACCUUGGCCACAGCCACCAGGCAUCUUCUCAGAUGGCAAGUGCUUCCAUCUGUGUGCUUUCCUCGAAACGGUCAAGCAAAUCUACAAGCAAGUAUUCCUCCAGCUGUCGGGUGAAAGUCCUGCACUCGAGCAGGAAGCAUUUGCCAUGAUGCUACUUGACAGGACGACCACACUUGAAUCAGGGACAGUGCUGUUCAAGUUGUAUGAGGAGCUCGAGAUUGAUGCAACAAUGCCAGAUGCGCUAUUGACAGAGCAUAAUUGCAUCAAGCACCUUCGCGUCGAGUACCUCCAGGAGCACUGGGCCUAG